GCUCGUACAAAUGAGAGCGCGCAGGUGCGGUUCAUCUCACCAGGCGACCGCGCGGGAGGAGCAGAUCAGCCCCGCAUGACGGAGUUGGAGGCGCGGGCGCCGGGCUCACGUGUCCCUCGCGCGUCGCAGUCCGUGCAGCCCUCGGUGGGGUUGGCGGAGGCCGGGGGCGCUGUGGUUCCGGUUCCGGUUCCGGUUCCGGUUCCGGCUGGAGCCCGCGCCUGCGGCGAGGGCGGGCGACCAUGGCGUACUCCACCGUGCAGAGGGUGACCCUGGCCUCGGGGCUCGUCCUGGCUGUGUCGCUGCUGCUGCCCAAGGCCUUCCUGUCCCGCGGAAAGCGGCCGGAGCCGCCGCCGGCCCCCGAAGGGAAGUUGGGUCGAUUUCCGCCGAUGAUGCAUCAUCACCAGGCACCCUCAGAUGGCCAGACCCCUGGGGCUCGUUUCCAGAGGUCUCACCUUGCAGAGGCCUUUGCAAAAGCCAAAGGAUCAGGUGGAGGCACUGGAGGAGGAGGUAGUGGAAGAGGCCUGAUGGGGCAGAUUAUUCCAAUCUAUGGUUUUGGGAUUUUUUUAUACAUACUGUAUAUUCUAUUUAAGCUCUCAAAGGGGAAAAGUACUGCAGAGGACCGGAAAUGCUCUCCUGCCACACCUGGAAACACCCACAGGAAAAUUACCAAUUUUGAGCUUGUUCAACUGCAAGAAAAACUGAAGGAGACAGAGGAAGCCAUGGAAAAAUUAAUCAACAGAGUGGGGCCUAAUGGUGAGAGCAGAGCACAGACAGUGACUUCUGACCAAGAAAAACGGUUGCUGCAUCAGCUCCGAGAAAUCACCAGGGUCAUGAAAGAAGGAAAACUCAUUGACAGACCCACUCCAGAGAAAGAAGCUGAGGAGGCCCCUUACAUGGAGGACUGGGAAGGUUACCCUGAAGAGACUUAUCCAAUUUAUGACCUUUCAGAUUGCAUCAAGCGUAGGCAAGAAACCAUCCUAGUGGAUUACCCCAACCCACAAGAGCCCUCUGCUGAAGAAAUAGCUGAAAGAAUGGGGGUGCUGGAAGAGGAAGAAUCCGACCAUUUGGGUUGGGAAAUGCCUACUGACCCCAGAGCUCAGGAAGAGAAUUCUGUUACCUUCUGUGACCCAAAGCCAGAAACAUGCUCCUGCUGUUUUCCUGAAGAAGAGGAUCCCGCUGUCUUGGCAGAAAAUGCUGGAUUCAGUGCAGACAGUUACAGUGAGCAAGAGGAAACCACUAAAGAAGUGUGGCCCCAGGACUUCAGAGGUGAAGGCUUGGGCAUCAGUGAUGAUAAGGCACAUCCAGGUGGCAUGUUGAGGAAGCGGGGCCCCCAGGGUCUGGAAUGAAAACAGCCAGUUGGGUGAGAUGGCACCCCUUGGGGCAGAGGUCAGACUCUUCGCACUAGGAAUAACAGAUGGUUUACCUGUGAACGAACAUCAGAUUACACAUGAUGAGGACUUAAGAUUACAAGAGUGAAGAUUUCAGAGUCCAAGAUGCCUUAUUCUGUAGGCCUUGAGCAGGUUAGUGGUCCGCUGGGUUCAAGAAGAAAACACUUUGUUUGUGGGGCUGAUGGGGCCAGAGCUGGGCGAGACUUUGCUGUCUGAGCUGAAGCCCCUUCUUCACGCAAGGGCCUUUUUUAGGAGCAUCGAGGCCUCCUCAGAUCUGCGCUUUUCUCCAGAGUAGCAGAAGACUCCCACUGACCCAAGAAUGAGCCCAGAAGUUUGUUGGGACGGUUUUGCCUGGAUCUCAAGCUUCCUUUAUCCCUGUUCUGCUUGAUGGAACUGCCAAACCCAGAAGCACUUUAUACCUCUGGUCUUCAGCGGCCAGAGGACGCUUUACGUAGAGACUUUAGUCCUUGCCCUGCAGAGCCAGGGUUUGAGGCUGCUAAGGCUUCAGGAAAGCCUGCCCAAGGGUGGCAGUCCUGCCAUGAGAUGCUUAGAAGGCCAGGAGCUGGUGAUGGGAGAGAACUCGUGCCCUUAUGGGCAGUCCUUGCUUAGAAGCUGUUUCUGAACGUUGUGCCCUCUGGCAAAUUUAUUCUUCUAACAAAUCAAAUUCAAACAGAAACGAGGACUGAGCUUGUGGACCGAGUGUUAGCCCAACAGGGAAGUUGCAGGGACCCAACAGAGCAGUGCCCAGGAAGAGACCAUUUGUUCUCUGUGUGGCUAUCUGGGUCUUUUGAGCUGGGCAGAGUAGGAGGUGGGUUAAGACUGGGAGAAUUUUGACCAAACCAAAAGCCUAAUCUCUGAGCUGCCAUCUGUCAUGUGUCUCCUUGAGGUAAGAUGUAUUCAGUCUAGUAAGGGUAAGUGAAUUGUUUACAGGAAAGACCUGAGAGUUGAAAGAGGACACCUUCCCGAGGACAUUCCCAGUCAUGAAAUGUGGAAGGCUUGAAAAUUAAGAAAUCAUAUGAAGGUAGACUUGGUGGUACACUGGGCUUUUAGAGUUCCCUUGUGCCUGGCAUGAGUAAGAGGCCGGGAAAAUAGCUGAAAUCACACAUUUAAGUGUAGUCACUGCUGUCACAAGGUACAGGAUCAUAGGAAGAUGAUGCGUCAGCCACUGCUAGGCAUUUGUUAGUUAACAGCUACAGAAAAAAGUCAUUUAAGACUGAGUCUACAGAAAGUAUAUUGCAUCUGUCUCUGUGUGGAACCUUGGAUUCACUUGUCAAGAAUGCAGUUUAAAAUGUACUAAAACCAGUCUAGAUGUAAUAUAAUGCUGAAGGUAAAAAAUGAUGUAGGUGCUC